AUGGAUGAAGAAGGAUGGUAUUCUGUCACUCCAGAGCCUAUUGCCAAACAUCACGCAUUCCGUUGUGGUAGUGGGGUUGUGGUUGAUGGUUUCACCGGAGUUGGGGGAAAUGCCAUACAAUUUGCAAAAAGGAGUAAACAAGUUAUUGCAAUUGAUAUCGAUCCAAAGAAGAUCGACUAUGCACAACAUAAUGCGGCCAUCUAUGGAGUUGAUCACUGUAUAGAGUUCAUAAGGGGAGACUUUUUCCUUUUAGCGCCAAAGUUGAAGGCAGACACAAUCUUCUUGUCACCGCCUUGGGGUGGACCUGAUUAUGUCAAACGAAAGACAUAUGACAUCAAGACCAUGCUUAAGCCACAUAACGGACAAUUUCUUUUCAAUGUUGCAAAGGGAAGCACUUCCAGAAUUGUCAUGUUCCUCCCAAGGAAUGUUGAUAUCAACCAUUUGGCAGAGUUAUCUUUAUCUGUCAGUCCGCCAUGGUCACUUGAGGUGGAGAAGAACUACCUCAAUGGCAAGUUGAAGGCAAUUACUGCCUACUUUAGCGAAGCGUCAGUGUAGAAGGCGAAAGGUCAAGAUUUUGUUCAUAUUGACUGGCUAUUGAGGUAAAACUACAAGAAGUGCCGUUUCUUUGCCGGGCCUGGGUUCUGUACAUUGUAUUACAAGAUUUUGUGUGUGUGUGUGUGAAAGAGAGAG